AUGCCGUCCUCCAGGCAAGCGAACCUGCUGGGGCUUGUUGCUGUAGUACCAAGGCUACACUCACAGAAGGACUUUCCAGAGGCCUUGCCUGGGCUCAUCUGGGACCUGGGCCAGCAGCUGGGAGAUCUGAGCCUGGAGUCUGGGGGCCUGGAACAGGAGAGCGGGCGCAGCUCAGGCUUCUAUGAAGACCCCAGUUCCACGGGGGGUCCAGACUCACCACCCUCUACCUUCUGUGGGGACAGUGGCUUCUCUGGAUCUGGCUCCUAUGGACGCCUGGGUCCCGCUGAACCCCGGGGCAUCUAUGCCAGCGAGAGGCCCAAGUCCCUAGGUAAGGGUCCCUCUGGCUGCUCUGUGGGGCCCCGGAUGAGGGAAGCCAGCGAGGAACUGUGGCUGGACCAGAGUGCCAGCCGCAGAGGAGGCGAGAAGAGACUGCAAGCCGGAGUUCAUGGCAGUCGUUACCAGAUCAGUCGUGGGGCGUGA